AUGUUUGGUCAAUACUUCUCUGGUGACCUCUCAUCAGUUCCACCUGGGACCUUGUCAAAUCACAAAAAGUCACGGGUCGGCUGCCAGCGCUGUCGGGCACGGAAGGUUAAGUGUAAUGAGGCGAAGCCGAUGUGUGGAGCUUGUUCACGGCGCGGUCUAAGCUGUGUUUAUGACCGUCUUGUUGGACAUAAUCAAGGCACAGGGCCCCGAGGGAAUCCAAGUCCCACUCAGCAAGUCGCCUCCAUAAUCACAUCAAUGGAAGUUAACCUUGAAGGACUCAAUAAAGAUGUGGUGAAUCUGCCAGAGACCGCGCAGCGGCGUAAGCUCGAGAUGGCUCUGAUGCAUCAUUGGCGCGAAACUGCCGCCGUCUCAAUGUCACUGGAUGACACAUCUGUCCAUAUAUUCCGCAACGAAGCGUGUAGGCUGGCGCUAGUAUCUGAUGGUCUUUUAUACAUGGUUCUUGCCAUGUCUGCUCUUCACCUGCACACCGCUGGGGCUGAGGGCAUGAGGAACUUGAUUACCCGACUUGGCUUCACAAUUGGGAACAUAUACCAUCGCUAUUUUCUCAUGAGCCUGCGCGAGCAGCUCAAUGACACUCUGCAUAUGAACUCACACGACUUGGAUGCAAUGGUUGUUACGUCGAUGAUUCUGCGUAAUUAUGUCUUUGCGUCACUACAACGGCGCAGUCUGGACUCUCCCUACCAGGCCCCUGCAGAAUGGCUACGCACUAGCAGGAGCACAGCGUCGGUCUAUGAGGAGAGAAUAAGGACUAGUCGGCAAGGGAACUUCAAUGAGGAAAGCAUCGUGACUGCGCACCUCGUAGCGCACGGUCGUUCCAUUCAACGACAACUUGACAGUCCACAACGGGACAUGCAAAGCAGGCUGAGUCCUAUACUAGAACACCUACUAGACGACAUCGAGGCCGAGGACGAUGAAUGGAAUAACUCAGGCUGUGUCAGCACGGAAACUGCUACUGUGCUUCGAGAUACUUAUGUUGCCACUCUGCGCUACUUGGACAAGGCCCUCAGGAUGCAAGAGGGAGAAGAACCGCCAAGCCAAAACUUGCGAAUGAUGAUACUCUUCCCCGUUUAUGCAGAUGUUGCAUUCGUGGAUCUUGCUUAUGAUGGACGCCCUCGCGCUCUAGUAAUCCUGGCGCAUUACUUUGCUCUAAUCUCCCUAUAUUCCCAUGUUUGGUGGAUAGGCGAGUCUGGUAAACGUGAGGUGCUGGCGAUUGCCAGUGAACUGCAAGAUACGCCAUGGAGAAUUAAGUUGCAAUGGCCCUUACGUAUCGUCGAAACUAAUCAGCUAAAAUGCGGGUAUAAAUAG